GAUCGUGUGGCCAUGAAAUAUCGUAAGUUGCCAAUAUAUAUCAAAAUAUGAAGUUUAAUUCUUAACGUACUCUGCGCUUACGCUUGUUCUUGACUUCCACUUUCAGACAUCUUCUCCCUCUCUUCGCUUCUGAUUUCUACUUUCAGAUGGAUUGGCAAGGGCAAAAGCUAGCAGAGCAGAUAAUGCAGGUGAUGCUAUUGGUAUUUGCAGUGGUUUCAUUUGGUGCUGGCUAUGUGUUGGGAUCAUUUCAGAUGAUGAUGCUCGUAUAUGCCGGUGGUGUGACCCUCACCGCUUUGAUUACUAUUCCAAAUUGGCCUUUCUUCAACCGCCACCCACUCAAGUGGUUGGAUCUAAGCGAGGCCGAGAAGCAUCCCAAGCCACAAGUAGCUGUGAGUUCAAAGAAGAAAUCCACCAAGAAGUAGGGUCAUUUUGGUUUCAUCUUAGCAUCAUUAGAAAGUUGCUAGGGGUAUGAAUUGAUGUUUUCUGCUUUCUUUCCAUCUAGUCGGCUAGGUUUCUCAAAGUUUUUGAACUAUAAUAAGCAAUUAGUUGAAGAGAACCCCUUUAUGCA